GUCAAGAGCUGACCCCAUUAGAGCGCCAGGCUGGCUGAGGGGAAGUCACCCGGGAGAACGGAGAGAAUGGGCAACGCUCCGCUGGGGGAAAACAGGAGGCAGCAGAACACUCAAGAAAUACCCUGGGCUCCAAAAAACCAAAGCUUCAGAGAGAGGACACCCAGAUGCUGCGGCUGCGUUGCCCAAGGGUGUUUCUGCCUUCCAUGGAAAAAAGGACAUAUUUGUAAAGCAAAGCCAGAUUCCUCAGAGGAGAAUGAAGGAAUGUCAUCUGCUCCCAUGCAGCAGGACAAUGAUGACCAGAACUCCUCGGAGGAUCUCUGCUACACCCUCAUUAGUCACAGCGUCCUUGGGAGAAGGCCAUCAGGGAUCUCUGCCGAGAGGUGCUAUGAGAAUGUUUCCCCUAAGACCGAGAAACCCAGGAAUUACUUGAGAGAAACGGAGACUUCGUAUGCACUUCUCCGGGUGAAUUCCUCUCCAAGCAAUUUGUCUUCCCCAGAAGAUGAAUAUGAACUACCUAGUAGAAUCUCCUUCCAUGCCCUGCAACAGCCACAUCUACCUCUGCUACCUUCGAAGGCUCAGGUUUCCUAUUUAUAAUGAAAUAUUUGGACCAGCACUUGUCUAAUAGCAAUAAAUAAAAACCAGGGGUGCAGGGCUCUGAUUGAGGCAGGUGUAGGGUCUAGUCUUUCAGGCUUACCCCCACUCCACACACACAACGGCCUUUGCUACAGGGGUCUCUGCAGAAUCUGAUUUGCCAACUACAGGACCUCUUAGAUCCAGCUCAAUAUUCAUCAUCCAAA